GCGCAGCUGCCCCGAGGCAGAGCGAGUGCAUUAGCGGCACACUUUGUGCCAAGUGUCCCACCCGACACAGUGCGCAGUGGGACAUGGGGCAAAUACUGCGAACGAGCGCACACCGGACACGGGUUUAUCAAGGAAGGCACUGGAGGAUGGCGAUAUCCACACCGAAUGUCUUUGCUGUGCACUGAUGCCAUCACAACAUAAGGAGGCAUGGAGCCAUAGCUGAUCACUCACAUUCUCUCUCUCCAAACCUGCUUAGCCCAACAGUCCCAAUUAUUCCUUCAUGUUCUGGCAUCCAUCAUGGUGUACGGGCAGUUCCUGCACCACCGAGGCCCCGAGGAGAGCUUCAUCAACCUCAACGUCGGUGGUUUUAAGCAGCAAGUGGAACGGGUGGUCCUCCAACGCUUCCCCCACACGCGACUAGCUCGACUGCUCUACUGCAGCUCAGAGGCCGCUAUUCUCCAACUAUGUGACGACUACGCUGCAGCCGACCGAGAGUAUUACUUCGACCGCAAUCCAUGCUUUUUCCGCUACGUGCUGAACUUCUACCACACCGGAAAGAUCCACUUGAUGGAAGAGCUGUGCGUUUUUAGCUUUAGCCAGGAGUUGGAAUACUGGGGUAUCAAGGAGCUUCACCUGGACACUUGCUGCAGCAACCGAUUUCAGGAACAGAAAGAGUACAUGGGAGAUCGUGACUGGGGGAAUGAGGAUGACCCUCAGAACCAGCUGCAGGACAGCUUAGACUCAUCCAUGGAGGAACUGUCAGCAUUUGACAAAGACUUGGAGAAGUUUGAGGGCACCUGGUGCGCAGAAAAACGCAAGGAGCUCUGGCUGCGGCUGGAAAACCCUGGAUACUCACGCUCUGCGAAAAUUCUGGCGGUGUUUUCGCUGAGUGUGGUACUGAUAAGUAUCAUCGCCAUGUGCAUUCAUAGCAUGCCUGAAUUCCACCAGAAGGACGCCAAUGAGAAAGAGGUGGAGAACCCGGUGUUGGAUGUGUUUGAGACUUUCUGCGUUCUCUGGUUCUCCCUUGAAUUCAUCGUACGAUUAGUUGUCACGCCGUGCUUGCGCAAAUUCAUAUGCAAUGCGUUAAACAUAAUUGACUUUGCUUCUAUCGUUCCAUUUUACGCCACGCUGGCGUUCGAAAAAGUGGACCCUGAGGAAAGCGAGGAGCUUGAGAAUGUGGGAAGGGUCGUGCAGAUCCUGCGUCUCAUGCGGAUCUUUCGCAUCCUCAAACUCGCGCGCCAUUCAGUCGGGUUGCGUUCUCUCGGGGCGACUCUCCGACACAGCUAUCACGAGGUCGGACUCCUCAUCCUCUUCCUCUCCGUGGGAAUCUCCAUUUUCUCAGUUCUUAUUUAUUUUGUGGAGAGGGAAGACCAAGAGUCGGAGCUGCAGACUAUUCCGGUGGGCUGGUGGUGGGCGACGAUAAGCAUGACCACAGUGGGAUACGGUGACACGUAUCCAAUCACGCUUCCUGGGAAGCUCAUUGCCACAUUGUGCAUCAUUUGCGGCCUGCUUGUAGUCGCCCUUCCCAUCACCAUCAUCUUUAACAAGUUCUCCAAAUACUACCAGAGACAAAAAGCCCUGGUGGAGUCUGACCAGCUCCAGUCAGAGGACGAAAAACAGCCAGAUCUCAGCAUGCCUUUUCUUCAUAUAGCAGACCUCUAUAGCCAAAAGAUGAACUCUCUGGCACACAGCGCAUCCUCCAGGAGUAGCGAGGGAGACGCCACUGAUGCUUCCAGUAUUGCGGAUGUUGAAUUCGUCUGCUCUGCUGGAGAGCCACAAGCCAACAAUGUGACAUAAACGCGAAGAUGCACAACCUCAAAUGAAGGAACAAGAAUCUGCAGCACAUAUUGAGGAAACCAUAAGACUCUUGUUUCUUAUCGAGUGAGUCCUGGACCUUUAAUCAGCAGCACUUUUUCUCUUUAGUUCUCAGGGUUAAAAAUGUCUCAAGCUUUCUGUUAUUUAUAUGAAUCAAAACCUGUUAUGGAAACCAUCUUAAAGAAAUAGUUCACCCAAACACUACGAUUCUGUCAUCAUUUGCUCACUUUCCUCUUGUUCCAAACCUGUUUGAGUUCUGAACACAAAAUAAUAUAUUUUUGAAGAACGCUUGAAACCUUCAGCCAUUGACUUUCAUAGUAUUUUUUUCCUGCUAUUGAUGUCAAUGGCUACCAGAUGACUACCACACUGUAAAACCUGACAGUCAACUUUAUCAAAUGAAAUGAGUGUAGUUAACUCAAAAUUGACUGAAAGUUAAUUCUACUCAUUUGAAAAGAGUUUUGAACUCGGUGUUGAAGGUAAUGAGUUAAUUAAAUACAUCAUAACUUCAACUUAAAUGGAGUAAGAUCACAGUGCUCAUGUAGAGUAGUUUUUGAACUCAAAUGGUUUGUAGCAGUCGGUUUCCUCAAAUGGUUUGAGUUGCCUUAACUUAUUGGGUUUUACAGUACUCAGUUGAUUUGAGUUCUCCUCAUUUAUUAGGUUUUACUUUGCUCAAAUUGCUUUGUUUACUCAAAUGGAUUAAGUUCACAGUACUCAUUAGCAUUAGUUUUUGAACUUAAAUGGUUUGUUGCAAUCGGUUUCCUCAAAUGGUUUGAGUUACCUUAACCUCUUAAGGCCCAAGGUGUUUUUUUACAUGCAUUUUUUAUUUCUCUUUGCUAUUUAUGCUUAUUGGAACCUAAUUAGAAUAAAAAUCUAAGGACCAUCUUUUGAUAUGAUGUACUUUUAGAGAUAAAUGAUGUCCAUACAUGUGGACUCAUGGUCCAAAUUUACAUAAAACACUUGUUCCUGAAUGUUUUUUAAUGCAUAUUAAAAACAUUAAUGCAUAGACAUUUUUUUAUUUGCUUUAACUAUCAGAGAGUAAAAACAUUUUUUUCCCCAUUUUGGACAUUUCAUAUGCUGCAAAACAGUUGCAGGAUGACACUGUAUGUCUGUAACAAAAUAUAAAACAUUCAAAGUAUUUUAAAUAGCCAUUUAAGAGCUAAAAUGUGCUGUUCACCUAUGUGGACACUGAAGCCCUAGGAGGUUAUCUUUUUGGGGGGUUUACAGUGCAUGGACAUUCCUCAAAAUGAAUCUCAUAAAGGCUUGAAACCACUGAAAGUGAGUAAAUAGUGAGUUAGUUGUCAUUUUUGGGGUAAACUAUCCCUUUAACAACAGGCCAGUGCUAGCAGAUGCUCUAUAUCUACAGUAGCUAAUAGCACUGAUUGACGGGUGUUUUUUUUAAUCCUUUAGACAAGCUGUUCAUUUAAUUAAGUCAUUUUGCAGUGCCUGUGGGGAAAAGAACUAUGCGUAAAUGUUUUAUAGACAAUGACAGCAUCUAAAAUGCUGGACUUCAGAUGGCAUGUUGGUGUACUCCAUCCUCCCUAAUGUGUCCAUCAGAGAGGGGAGGAUGGAAAGAUUGCAUGCAUAUUUCAACGAGAACGACGAGAGGCCGCAAGAGAAAGAAGGAGAUGAAAAAAGCAGGGAAGAGAUGUUACCAUUGAAUAAAAGUGU